CUGGGUUUCCGGUUCUGCUGUUUUCCUGCGAAAAGGCAAAGGUCUUCGUGGCGAUAACGAAAACAUUUGCAACCCGAAAUGCCAAACCGUGACCCAGGGCUUGUUUUUCAGUAGAUUGUUACCCUCUUUUUAACCGAAUAAAAAUCGGUGUACGUCGCUGUAGCAGCGUGUGAGUGGAUCACGCCGAGCGGAGCAGCAGCCUGUGUCAGUAGAGUCAAAAUGGCGUCUGUUUGCCCACUGAACGUUCGUUUAAUCCAUCUGUGAUUAUCCCGAUAGCUAGAUUCAGCAACCGGUGACUAUUUUUCUAGUGUUUCGGUUUUACACACUGACAUUUUAGCGUCAUGUCGGACUCGGAGGAGGACAGCCAGGACAGGCAGCUAAAAAUUGUAGUGAUUGGAGACGGUGCGUGUGGGAAGACAUCACUCGCCACCAGGUUUGCACAGGAGGCCUUUGGGAAGCAGUACAAACAAACCAUCGGCCUGGAUUUCUUUCUGAAGAGAAUAAGCCUUCCAGGCAAUUUGAACGUGACCCUGCAGGUGUGGGACAUUGGAGGCCAAACGUUAGGAGGGAAAAUGCUGGAUAAAUAUGUAUACGGAGCUCAUGGUGUUCUGCUGGUGUACGACAUUACCAACUACCAGAGCUUUGAGAAUCUGGAGGAUUGGUUCAGCAUGGUGAAAAAGGCCAACGAGGAAUCUGAUAUCCAGCCUGUUAUCUCAUUGGUUGGGAACAAAAUCGACCUGGAGCACAUGAGGACAGUGAAGGCUGACAAGCACCAGCGCUUCUGCCAAGAGAACAGCCUCAUCAGCCAGUUUGUAUCAGCCAAGACAGGGGACUCGGUAUACCUUUGUUUCCAGAGGGUAGCUGCUGAAAUUCUUGGUGUAAAGCUAAACAAAGCAGAAAUAGAGCAGUCCCAGCGUGUGGUGAAGGCAGACAUUGUGAACUACAGUCAGGACACCGUGGCCAGGACAGUCAACCCCCCUCGCAGCUCCAUGUGUGUGGUGCAGUGACCCCCUCCAACACACACACACACACACACACACACACACACAUAUAUAUACACGCACACACACAUCCACACACAUCAUACUUAAAGAUGUAAAAUUGUCUUCAGUCAGUAUUUCUUAUUUCUGGGUUUAGGGCUGACUGGAUGAGAUGUGUUCAGAAUGUGUUCUCUGUAUUCCUGUGUGCCAGUUGUACGGGUGAGAUGAAGAACAGACUGUGGUUUCGAGGCCUUGGCCUGUUGUUCUGAUAUUUAGCAGGAAUGAUUUCUAGGGUGGUUCACCAAAAAGGAAACAGGACCUCAGUUUUUUCAAGUUUACACGCAGCUAUCAUUUUAUUUCUAUGAUUCAUUUUUAAUAUAUAUAUAAAAAUAGACUCUUUAAUCAUAUUUACUUGAUUUAUGUGUUAGUAUGAAGCUGAUUGCUUAAAGGAGGAAGACAGCUACUAUAAUCCGUCACUCUGGUAAUUGAAAAUAUUUUUAUAUGUAUAUCAUCCUCUGCCAUUGCUAUUAGGGACAUUUGUUUCAAUGAUCAGUCACCCUGCAGUAUAUUUCUAAAGAUAACACCAUCAGCACCGAUUGAAUUGGUCUCUGUCCCUACGACUGCAAAGUGAAUUUAUGGUAAGAAUUAAUGGGACACAGAAAGGGAGGUGAGACCAAAGUCUCUCUCAUGAAUUUCUGACAAAUUCUUUUAUGUCUGUGGUCCUCAGUUGAACAGAAGGGGAAAUAUAUGUUAAAAUGCUGUAGUGGAAUGAAAUGAAUUUGUAUUUUCAUUUUGCCAAUUAGAGGCUUGCACUAGUAGUGCUGUGACGUGACCUGUGGACUGUUAUUUUACAUAGAAAUAUUUCAGUUUUACAAACUUAAAUCAAUAUUUAUGUUUUAUAUUCUUUAUUCUUCAGAUUAAAUCCAAAUCCUUUGCUCUCCUCAAAGAGUAUUUCCGUUCUGUUGAUGUAUCUGGUAGAAUUUAUUAGUUGAAUUAGAUUAGUUGAAUCUAAUCUAAUCUAAUCUAUUUACAUUGCAUUUUGAUAAUUUAACGUCACAUUUUCACACCACGCGACAUUGCCGGGUUCGUCCUCAUAGAGGACAGUUCAGAUGCUGUGUUGAUAAAGCUGGAUGAAUAUUACUCAGGAGGUACCUGAGUGUCAAGCUGAGCAUGAGCUGAGCUGAAAUGUACAACAUUUUACUAGGUCUCUACAUAGCCUUAUUCAACUGUCCGUUAUAGAACAGAGGUUUGCAUUGAAGAAUGGCUAUGACGCAUCAAAUGUUUCAUAGGAUCUUCAUUUUGACCACAUUUUGUUAGCUCGUUUUUCAGUUUGUGUGUUGUUAGAGAUGACUGAAAUAUUGUUUGUGUAACCAGUUUUGUCAAAAAAGUUUCCACGAUAGAUAGUAUAUGUUGGCAUGAUGGGAUUCAAUGUGGUGUCCACCAACUGAUUUUCUGCCAUAUGUGUAAAAUAUGUGUUUGCACAAUAAGCAACCACCAAAAGCUUCUUUCACUGAUUAGGAAUCACAACAACGCAUCCUGUAAAUUCUGAUCAUGUAAGCAUAAUGUACGCUUUAAAAAAAUUAUGAAUGUACAGUUUAAAGUGAACGUUUAGUUGACAUUAUACAGCAACACAGUUUUUUGUUUCUAAAUAAAAAUAGUACAUGAAAACAA